AUGUGGGACGUCGGAGGGCAGCAUCGUAUCCGACCACUCUGGCGGCAUUACUUUCAAAAUGUGCAAGCCGUGAUCUAUGUCAUUGACUCCGCGGAUCUGGAGCGCGUAGCAGAGGCAAGGGACGAAUUGAACGCUAUCCUCGCCUCGGAAGAACUGCGCGGUGUUCCUCUCCUCGUAUUCGCCAAUAAGCAGGAUCUGCCAAAUGCCAUUGAGGCGUCGCAGCUGGCGAAUAGACUAGGCCUUGUCGCCCUUCGAGACCGGCAGUGGUACAUUCAAGCUUGUUCGGCAACGUCAGGAGAUGGACUUUACGAGGGUCUUGAUUGGAUGUCAAGCAGUCUAAAGCGUCGAGGCUGA